AUGAAACAAGGCCAAUAUCUUUCCCAGCAAGUCAAACAAUAUUUGUGGCCACAAAAUAAUGUUCAAACUGAUCAUCCAUCAUGCCAGUUUAAAGCAGAUAAACAAUGGCUCGAUCUUCAAUAUCAUACAGAUGAUAAAAUCAAGAAGCCUGAUGAACUUGAACAUCAAAUGGAAUCUCCACCUGAAUUAGCUGAUAAAAAACAACUCGAUCGUAUUAAAGGAUCCUUGAUUGGAAUGGCUUUAGGUGAUGCAGUUGGUGCACAUGUUGAAUUUCGUCCUUACGAAUAUUUAUGUCAAAAUCCAGUUAAAGAUCUCGUAGGAGGAGGUACAUGGGGUUUAGAAAAAGGCCAGUUCACCGAUGACACUUCGAUGGCUCUUUGCUUGGCUAUGUCAUUAUUGGCUCGUCAUGAUUUUGUACCAUAUGACCAAUUAGUUCGUUACAAAUGGUGGUAUCAAUAUGGAUAUAUGUCAUCGACUGGAAAAUGUUUCGAUAUUGGUGCGGCCACAAGAGAAUCAUUAGAAAAAUUUAGUCGACGUCAAGAAUCAUUUGCAAAAAAUCAUAAUAUUUCUGUCAAAACAUUAGACUUUCUCUCGGAUACUGAGCUUCUUGAAACAUUUCCCGUAAACUGUAGUUCACAGGGUGUCGCAGGUAAUGGAGCUCUCAUGCGUCUAGCACCAGUUCCACUCUUUUUCCAUGAAAAUCCAGAGACAGCUGUAGAAUUUUCAGGUAUUAGUGGACGGAUUACUCAUGGUGAUACGAAAGCUUAUGAUGCAUGUCGUUACUAUGGAGCUCUGAUUUGUGCUGCUCUUAAGGAUUAUGAGAAAAGUGACCUUCUCGACAAAGAUUUUUACACAAAACAUAAGCAUUGGUUCGGCAACAUUCCACUUUGUGAUGAAAUUAAAAAAAUUGCCGAAGGAUCUUAUCAGAAAGGAGGUGGCUAUCAGGAUGGUAUACGAGGAAAAGGUUAUAUAGUUAAUGCUCUUGAAGCUGCUUUGUGGGCAUUUUGGUCGGAUGAGAACUCAUUUGAGAAAGGUGUACUUGCUGCUGUAAAUUUAGGAGAUGAUACCGAUACAACUGCUGCUAUUUAUGGUCAAUUAGCUGGUGCAUAUUAUGGAUAUAAAAAACUACCUAAGGAAUGGGUAAAACAUGUGUACGCAAAGCAGUUUAUCUUAAAUGUGAGUGAAUGGAUAGCAUAUGAAGGAAAGAAAUGGAACGAAACAGAAGGAUCAACUUCAAGUCAUCAAUCUCAACCGGAACCAACUUAUGUAACAACACCAAAUGAACAGAAAUCAUUCUUUCAGAGAAUGUUUGCUUUUUUUAACUAUGCAAGCCCUACAAAACAUUCAGCUCCACCAUCACCAUGUUCUCCUCAACAAAAAAAGAAACACCGAUCACAGUCAACAGACGAGUGA